UUGCUCUGUACUCCGUGGUCCUUCACGCAGUGCUGCAAGUCACUCCAGCUCCAAACACCUGGGAUACCGACAGACCCGACUGCGGGUAAGAGGGCUCAGACCGUGGGGCACGCGAGAUCAGCCUGCCACCUUUCCGACAUGUCGGCCGACUGCGCGAGAUCGUCGCCGGAGACGGGCGGCCGCGUGCUCAGCGGAGCGCAGGACUACGCAUGUCCGAUUGCGAACAUUCCUGGGAAGUUGACAGCCAGCUUUGGCUUGGAGCCAGGCGGAGCGCAUGGACUCGGCGCACCGGGGCAGGACGAACGGCAUGAGCAGGAAUCGAAAAAGCCCCGGAGAAAAGACACGCCAGUGCUGAAGGCCCCGCCUCUAGUCCCCGGGGUGAAGCUGAUUAAAGAGAAACGAUGCGUGAUUCACGUGGAGGAUGAAGAGAAAGACUGAACGAAUUAGCCUUCUUGGGUAGUCAAGGCCUAGUGGUAUGCAAAUUCUCUUUUAGGAAAAACGUGAAACCAGUGUGUUAGUACUCAACCCCUUUCGUGCUUUGCAUUUUAUAUAAUAAAGACACAAAUCCCUUAUCUGAGCCCUUUAAAUUCAGGUUUAUUGUCGCAGAUGUGCAAUAAACUAGCAGGGUAGCAAACAGGACCACAUGGUCAACAGAGCCUUCGUUAUACAGGAGAACACACAACACAGGCAAGAUAAAGGUUUGUGAAUGUU